AUGCCUGAUAAUAGUAUAUUAACUUCAAAUCCUAAGGAACAAGAACAACGACUUUUUAGCAACCACGAAACUCAAAUUCUCUAUGAACUUCGUGGUAUAUUGAACUCGGUCGAAUCAAUAAAUCGAACCAUAUCAGGUGCAAUUAAAUUAACUUCACCAGGUGGAGAACUUUAUGACGCACAAAGGCGCGCAAAUGUCGGUCUGAAUCACUUCAAGAAAUUAAUGGAAACAACAAUUAAAAAAUGA